UUAGGUGAACCAGGUAUUUUCAAAUCUGGGAGGUUGAACUUUUUUUGGUUUCAGAACACCACUGCGCAGCUUUCAUGGGAAUGAACGAAUGCCAACAAUAUCACCUGACGUGUAAAUGCAUGAGUUUUCACAUUCAUACUACAUAAAAAGCCCGAUCUUAGCGGGUUUUAUUGUCCAGUGAAAAAGUGGUGUCAUUCAGGUCGCCAUCUUUAAAAGCCGUCCACAAACGGCUCGAUGCUUUUACUUUGAAAGGACGCCCUCCUCUUCCGGUUUCUUCCCGGUUGUUUUGCUAUGACUUGACGCUGGAGGAAGGAGGUAUCCAUGAUGACAACUUUAAAAUACCAACAGUAGCGAGGCGGGGUGUGAUUACCUGCGAGCGGUUAUCCGGGAGAAAUGUUUCUCAGCCGUUAUCGCGUCGAGUGUCGUCUGCGUUUGAAGAUAGCGUAGCGGGCUAACGUUUGCUCGCCAGCUAGCAUGAACUCGGGCUGCUUUUGUUUACAUCCAGUGCUGAUGAUGGGCCUGGAUCAUAGGUGUGUUAGCUAACCCAGCUACCAGACUUGUUUGAGGGGAAAGUGACAUCCUUACCGCCUGCACGGUCAGGACCGGGGUCGCCCAGCCAGACUACUGCCACCGCAGGGUGAUGGAAGUGUCGUCUCAGGAUCCGUCUCUCAUGGCGAUGGACCUGUCGAAGAGCUACUCAGUCAAUCCGCUGACCCGCAGCCACAAUGAAGCCAUGGACCUGGCCAAGAAGCCCGAGUGGUACCACCGACGCCCGCCGAGCUGCAGCACAGAGCUCAGCUCCCCGUUCAGGUCCAGAGCCUCGUCCUCCUACAGCUCCCUGUCCACGCUGCUGCACCCUGAGCCGGGGGCUCCUGUCCACUGCAGAGACAUGGAGCAGCGCCCCGAGUCGUUGGGGAACUACAUGAAUUCAACAAUAGCUCCUGGGCUGGAUCUGUACCGCGAUGGAGUCCACGGCAACCUGUGGCAUCCUGGUUUCUACGGGCCCGACCAGAGCAGCGGUCCAGUUCCUGAGAGCAGCUGCGGGGAGGAGAGCGACAGCGGCUCGGAUGUUAUUUUCCUGGUUUCCUCGGCGAAGGAGCCGCUUUUAUGCACUCCUUUCAUUCAAGACAGUGUGAGGCACAUCGUGGAGCCCCUGUCCCCGGCUGUGUCCUCGCUGGAUGAAGGGAGAGGUUGCUAUCACCUACCUCAGCCUCUGAGCUCGCCCAGUCCUGACAGCUCGUACUCGGAGGAGUCCUCGGACAGCUCAGUGGACAUUCCUGUUCAUCACACCAGGCCUGUUGUCCUCCUGUCAGACCUAAGUGCUGUUUAUGGCAACCCCGCAGAAUCCCCGGUAGACCUUUCAAGUGAUGACAGUGAUGUUAUCGAAGUUUCAGUCACUAACCAGAAGAAGAAGAGGAACUCUUUUACUUCUAAGAAGAGUUCGGAGAGAGAAACGCCUCCACCGAGUCUGGAGAAAAAAGCUCCACGCAAACAAGUCCGACGUAGCAGCAGAAUCAGGAAGUCUGCCUCUGAAACGCCGCCGCUUACCUGCAGCGGGUCCCGGCACAGUCUGAGGCGACGAGCCAAAAACGACGCCAUAGGAAUAUACAACGAAAGCUGUGACUCUGAGGAUAUGAUUGAGUACGCGGUGAGGAUAUCCAGCUCAGACGCAGACGAGCCGGUCUCGCAGCCAGAUGUGUCACAAAGAGCGAGUAGCCACUCAGAGGAGUCCGGCGUGGACGUUCAGACAGACAGGAAGUCGCCACAGAGGGAGGCACAAAAGCAGCCUCGCCGCAAAAUGUCCCACGUGAAAACCACCGGUCAUAAACGAAAGAAGCCCCUCAACAUUUGUAAAAAAGCUAAAAAGUUGAGAAGGACUGAACAGAAACAGAACAGCAGAACCCAACCAGAACAGAUAAACAAGUCGGCAAACAAAAAAGCUGUUGUGAGACGGAAGAGAAAAAGGCGGUCGCAGGCCGGACCUUCUGUUCAGUUUCCUCCCAGAGAGCCAGAAAUUAUGUUCAAAUAUGCAAAACUCAAAGAGGAGAAAAAGGAGAAGAAAUCUGGCAGUUUUUGCCCGUUUGUCCACAUGGAGAAGAGGAGGUGCACCGUGGUCAACUAUCAGGAGGAGGAGGCCACGGUGAGGAGCAACAGAGGAGGACAGCAGCGGCCGGCCUGCAGGUCUCUGUCCGGGUUCGUUCCCAACACUUCCUGUUUCCAGCUGGGUCGUUUCAGCCCAGAGAGCCGGUGUCCGGACACGCUGCUGUGCUGCCUGUGUGGUCAGACGGCCAACGCCAUGGGCCUCGGGGACCUUCACGGACCGUACCAUCCCACCAGCAGCCCGUCUGUGGACUGUCAGAACCAGCAGCAGAACGGCAGCGCCGAGCAGAACGAGGACGAACAUUUACUCGUUAAAAGCCAUUCAGUGAACUCCUCAGAUGAUGGUUGUGGUGGUCACGGCCGCUCUGCUGUUAAUGGUUUGCUCGAGGGCAACCACCACUCUCUCCCAAAGGUGCCUCUUCGCCUGCACGAGUGCUGGAUCCACGAGGACUGCGGGAUCUGGUCUGCCGGAGUGUUUCUGGUCAGAGGGAAGCUGUACGGGCUGGAGGAGGCGGCCCGGCUCGCUCAAGAAACAGUGUGUUCAGCGUGCCAACAAACAGGUGCAAUAAUGGGAUGUUUCCAGAAGGGCUGUCCCCGAAAUUACCACUACAGAUGUGCCAUUCAGUCAGGCUGCGUCUUAAAUGAAGAGAACUUCUCGAUCAGAUGUCCGGAGCACAAGCAGAACAAACUGUUGACGAGUGCGACCAGACAACACAAGAGAUGACCUGAAAGACAUCUGGAGAAACUGGAGAGUGAUCCACAGAUCUCCUCAGGGUGCGACGUGAUCUGCCUGAUUUCACCGCUGCAGUUUUAUAACACUAAUUAAGGUGUGUGUGUGUGUGUGUGUGUGUGUGUGUGUGUGUGUGCGAGUGUGUGCGUGUGCAUAGGGUUGUGUGUAUGUGUUUGCUCGAGCAGAAGGAAAACCUUCUGAUAAGAGUCACCACAGACGGAUCAACCAGGGGCCACUGAAAGAUUUUUAUAAGACGUGUCUUGUUCUGUUUCUCUGAGAUAUAUAUGUGUGUGUGUGUGUGUCUGUGUGUGUUUGUUUGUGUGUGUGUGACUAUUUAUUCCUUGUUUCGAUGAUCCACACCUGGACUCGCCACGUCACAGAUACACAGUUUAUUAUUUGGGCAUAAUUAUUAUUAUUAUAUUAGAGUUUAAAUGAGCUUUAUUGAUCUGUUGUAUAGAAUAUCUUUAUAUGAAGCCACUUUCUUUUCUUUCUACAGUUUUUGUACUACUUUUCUAUUCCCGUCAGUGCUUCUGUCGUCACAUAACCAACUUAAUUUAUUCUCAUCGAGCUGCAUGCACGGUUGAGGCACUUUAUAGUCUGAUUUUAUUCUAUUCUAUCCAGUUAUUUAUUUCUAUGUGUAGACUUAAUUCUUCUUUUCACUAAAAGUAUUUAAGUUUUAACAUAAAGCUGCACUAAGCAAGAUAUAUGUAUAAAAAAGAUGUUGACUUCGUGUCUAAAUCACAAAGUAAAGCUGCGAUAGAGAAUAAAAUCCACGAACUGCACAUUCACCAUAUUCACGUUACGUCUGCAGGUGUGGAAACUUAAGACCGAAAAAGAUGAAAACGUCAGCUUUUAUUGUUUUGUGGCGCAUCUGUUACGUCGGUUAUCAGUUAAACACAGAUUAAUAGGAUGAAACACUGUUCUGUGAUGAUUUAUAAAAUGCCAAACACAGAAAUACAAAUUCUAACUUCUUAAAAAAUGAGCAUUUGCUGCUACUUUCUCUAAAAAAAUCUUCCAUCUUCACUGAAAUAGUGGCCAGGAGCUUUUAGAAGGUACUGGGCCUUUAUUUGAAGCUCUGUUUUCUUUUUCUUUCUUUCUUCGCUGUUGUGCAAAGUUUCGUUUUGAUCCUCUUCCUAUUAAAUUCGCUGCAUUAAGCUGUUACUACAAACUCAACCAUUCCUGUAUUUGUUUUUCAGUUUUUCAGUAAACGUAGUCUCACCUCGCUGAGUUUGCACUGGAGAUCUUGCCCCAUGAUUUGGAUCUUGAGAUCACAUUAUCUCGCAGAUCCAGCCGCUGAGAAAGUUACUUAGGGCGAUAAAAUCCACCUCGAAAACCUCCGCAGAUCAGAUAUAUUUUUGUGAUUUGGGUGAAUCGACCCUUUAAUAUUUGACCUCCACGUAGCGCUGAAGUCGCCUAGUGCAGCUUUAACCACCCGUCUUUGUAUGAGCGCUUGUAUUUUAGUUCUCAUGAGUCGUUACCAGGGAUGAGCGAGUACACCGUCACCUGUGUCUGUCCAACCCGCUGAAUUAUCUGUACUGGAAGUGGGAGGAGCUUAAACUGGAAGUGGGAGGGGCCAAACAGAAGCUGUUAAAUGAAGCCUGCAAUUGAUACGAGUCGAUCAGAAGUCGCCAUAUUUAUUAUUUAUUUGAAACGACCUCAGAAUUCAAUAUUUUUGAUCUGAAAAGGAAGAGAACUACUCACAAGUUUCACGUCAGCUGCCCACUGAGGAUUUUCCUUCGUCACAACACAGAUGUUGACAUAUUGUACUCUAAAAAAAAAAAAAAGUAUAUUUGUAUAUUAUUCUGUACUCACUCAACCCUCGUUGUUGCUGUGCUGACAUGACAGAUGCAGUUAAAGAGUUAAUUGUGAAAAAAUAACAGAGGAUUUAAGUAAAAUAUCAGAGAUGGAUUUCAUGCCUGCACUUUUUAUUGUUUAAGAAAGUUACAAAAAGAUAAUUAAUGUUUUUUAAUAAAAGUCAAUAAAACUGA